CACCCUGCAGCAUCCUGCACCUGAACGCACCCUGCAGCAUCCUGCAGAGCCGCGAGCUGCACCUCUGGACCGGAGACAUCAAAGCGGGACAGGAGGACACGUUGAGCCGGAGCUUCAGAAUGGCUCAAGAUGACAAAGAUCCAGUGCCAGCAGCUGGGACCCUCUCUGUGGGCCAGCUGCAGUCACACCUCAAGAUGGAACCCAAGACUCUCGGGGCAAUCCAGAUUGUUAUUGGGGCUUUGAUCCUCUGUCUGAGCGCCUCUGUGCUCCAGCUCUACGAGGUCCACUUUACUGGGGAUGUGGCCCUCAUUCUUGUCGUUGUCCUGCAGCUCACCCUGUCUGGCUCAGUACUGAUCCACAGUGGGAGGAGGCCUUCUCUGUUUUGGGUGAAAUGUGUCCUGGUGCUGCAUCUCAUCAGCGCUGCGUUUGCUACAGCUGCUCUCGGCCUUAUGUCCAAACACCUGCCGUACCGCCAGGACUCGUACCACUGUGAGCACUGCCGCAGGCUGGAGCUGCACGCUGUGCAACAUUGUUUCAGAAAAUGCACCGGGCUGAUCGAGCAAAAGUGUAAACUGCUGAUUGACGGGAUCCUGGGAACUCUAGUGAUCUUCCUGGUGCUUGAAUUGUUAAUUUGCAUCACUGCCAUGUUGUUUGGACUCAGCGUCCUCGCUGCUGGAGGAACCCAGGCCUCCAGCCACAGGCCUGUCUAUCCACAGACCCGCCCCCCACCUGCUCCUGUGAUGCAGGCCGUUCAGACUCCUCAGGCAGCAGCUGAGCCCUCUCAG